UCUAGGCCUGAGCAUGCAAAACAUGCUGCUGGCGCCGCAGAGAGGGUCCGCCUCAAAGAAGAAGAUGGAGCUGAGUCGCUGGAAACGGUUAACAAGGAAGCUGAAUCUCAAGUCUUCAUUUGAGCCUGAUAAUAUGGGGCACUGGAUUAAGAGAGUGGAGAAAGCUUCAGAAUUUGGCAUUUCGAAUACCUGUUCUACCAGAAAUGCUGAUUUGCCUGGAAGGUUUUGGCGGCAAGCAGUAGAUCUGGCAGCUUGUGAGCAAGCAGAGUAUCAUGAUGACGUCUAUGAAGAAGCUCAGGAGCUAGUCAAUGACUGGCUGGACAACAAACUUAAACAAGAAUUAGCAAGUGAUGGAGAAGGGGAAAGCACUGUGCUGGGCAGCCCCCCUGUGCCAGACGCCCAUGGCCAUUUGAAGUAUGACAAGUUUGAUGAUUUAUGUGGCUAUUUGGAGGAAGAGGAGGAAAGUGCCACUGUUCAGAAAUUUAUAGAGCAUCUGCUCCAUAAAGAAGUGGUGGCUUCUGAGAUGGUGGAAGAGCUUGGAAUAGAGGAGAACCAAGGCAAGAGGCGGCAGAAGGAUCCUCGUCUUACCAUGGAGAUGAGACAUAAGCAGGUUAAGGAGAAUCGCCUAAGACGUGAGAAACAAUUGGAGUCCCAGAGAAUGGCAGACGCCCUGAAAAAAGCAGCCUUCUUGGAGGCGCAGAGUCUAGUGCAGGAAGAGAAGAGAAGGAAGGCUCUGCUGGCCAAGAAAGAGAAAGAGGACAUUCAGAGAGAGAUGGUAAAGCUGCGGAGGGAGAUCCUUGAAAGAAGGCACACGGUGGAAGAAGCAUGGAAAACGUGGCGCUGUGUCUUUUCCGCACUGGCUGUGGUCCAGCUUCCUGGUCUUUUUCAGCUGGUUAGUCUGAUGAGGAUUGGUGUGAAAGAGGAGGGGGUAGGAGUUGCUGCUCAGGGAGCAGGAUCACUGGUCCAGGCCAUCAAAAUCCUAGAACAGAGAAUGGACUUCAGUUGUCAAAAACGGUAUUUCUCUGCCUGGCACAAGCUGAUUCUGGAUCAUAGGAUUAAGCUUGGGAAAGCGGGGACUCUGUCUGACUGGAAGCUUCAACUGAAGGUCCUGAGAGCCUGGAGAGACCAUACACGAUCCCGGAAGUUGGAACGGGAGACCAAAGCCUUGGAAAAUGACCUUAGGGAAGAAAACAGAAAACAACAGCUGGCUACUGAGUUUAACCGGAAACACGUUCUUCGAUACUGCUUUGGUGAAUGGCAGCGUUGGCAUGGUUCGGAAGUUAUCAAGAGGGAGCUGGCUCUCGCGAAGGAGCAAACUAGGAAGAAAAUGGAUGAGCUGCUGAAGGCAGCCUCCCUCGGCAAGCUCAGUUCUAAGGGGUCAACAGGUAUCGGUCUUGUUGCUGAGGCAGCAGCUGUGGUGGACCCACCGGUAGGAAGUGGAGAGGUCACUAUCGUGUCCCCUUUGUGGGAAAGGCCACUUGUGGAGAGCAGUGGUUGUACACUCAGCCAUUUCCCAGAAAGAACAACCGAGGGUAAUUUUCAGGGUCCUCUCCGAGAUGUCUCUGGGAGCACACCUGGCACAGAGCAGUGCAAGACUGCAGCAGCUGAGACCUCUGACCAGCCUGGUAGCUGUGAAAGGCCUGGGACCAGGAGCCAGGAUGCAGAAGCUGCUUGCGUGGGGCAUUUCCACCGUCGCCAUGUGUACCAGCAACAGCUGAUUGAGAAGCAAAAGAAGAAACUUGAGGAACAGCAGAAAACCAUUCAGAAGCUGAAGGAAAACCAGCGGUUGGCUGAGGCCCGGUGGGCAGCUGAGCGAGCCCCAGCAGUCACAGAAGGACAGAACUGCCUUCAAUCAAACCCCAGAGGAGCAAAGGACCUGCAGGGCACCUGCCAGAGGCUUCUGAAGUAUGAAGAUAGUAGAACUGAUGGCAGGAAGCCCCUUUCUGCAUCCAGAAGGACCCUGAAGCAGCCUACAGCACCCCAUCCCUUACUGAAAGCCAUGGAAGAGAGAGCAAUUCAACGAGCUGAACGUAGGCAGAUCUUGGCAGAAAGGAAGAAAAAACAAGAAGAAGACAAAUUGGCUCAGUUAAAGGCCCAAGAGGAAGAACGCCAAAAGAAGGAUGCAGAAGAAAAAGAAGCCCAGCUGGAGAGAAAACGAGAGGAAAAGAGGCUGAAGAAGAUGAAAGAACUAGAGAAACAGAAGAGAAUUAAAAGAAAUCAAGAGUUGGAAGCAGUAGCCAAAGGUCAUUAUGAGAGGGUCUUGCUAAGGAAAAAAGGCCUGGAGCCCUGGAAGAGACUUCGAAUGCAAAGCAAGCACAACGUUGAGGUAGCAGAAAAGUAUUGCUCUUUGGCUUUACAAAGAAAAUGUCUGCUCAACUGGCUCCAGUAUAGUCAGGAAAGUUUGGCUACAAAGACAACCAAGGCUGAUCAAUUUUACUCCAAACUAUUGUAUAGGAGAAGCAUCCGGAGCUGGUUCCAGUAUGUCAGUGCUCUAGAGAAAGAAGUCCAGAGACUCUGCGCCUACUUACUGCAGAAGAAGAUUUUCAAGGCCUGGCUUACCACUGUCAGGGAGCUGAAAAUGGAUUCCCAGAGAAAGCUUAAGGUUGCCGCAGAACACUGUGACAGGAAGAUUCUCAUGGUCACACUGGAGAUGUGGAAGGCAUUUGUAAAACUUACCAAAGAAGAAAGAGUGAAGGAAGAACGGCGAGACCAGCUCCGCCGGAAGGUCUCCGAAAUCCUUCCAGACUUCCAGAUGCUGGGGCCACCGUGAUGACUGCAUACCAGUAGCUACCCGCUUGCCCGCCAAGGGAAGUCUUUGGUGCCUGGACAUGUGCAGGCUGUCUCCACCCACACACCAGCUGAGCCUGGCCGACUUUCGGGAUGUGUCAUAACCAGGGGAAGUGUCUUGGGAUUUGUUCUUCCAUCUUGAUCUCUCCUGGAUUGCUAGGCAUCUGUUGUAAUGUCUGUCACAGUGGGUCAUCCUAAGGAGCAGGCUAGGCACCACUGUUGAGUGUAUUUUAUAUAUUCUUAGUGUAAUAAACUCGGGAAAGAUGAGUGUGCCUGCCUGGACUUCCGGAGAGGGUGUCCUGAUUGCUCACUGUGAGC